CGUGUCCAGAUUUAAGCUUCUUCUUUGCCGGACAGGAUCUCCGAAGAUCCUUCUCAUCCGUUGCGCGCGUCAGUGAAUCCGUCCGGCCGCGCGAAAGUAUCCGUCGCGAUCUUGAUCAUCCGAGAUCUUGCUGCUCGAGGGACUGCCGAUCUCUCGGCCUGUUUUGAUUUGAACAAACGUCAUUUUGAAGAACAUCAUGGCUACGAGAGCUACGAUCUUGGUGCUGAUGAUCACGCUGGUGGUCGUCGCGUCCGCUGGAUUGCUCGAGACCCUGCUCUCGUGGGACCUGCCGGAGAUCGAAGCGAGAUCGACUACGUCGCAGCCCAAGUGCCUGUGCCAGACUUCCGGUUGUCUCUGCUGCGUCGACCUGAAUCUGACAGCCGCGAUCGAUAUAGGUGGCCCGGUUUGCAUCAAUCUCAGACAGAAGGAGCAGAAUGUGACUCUAAACUUGACCUAUCGCGAUAAUCCCGUUCACAAUGCGACGAUAAAAAUCGCGAACGCAGCCAAUAAACCGACAUGCAUGAACCUCUUGUUAGACGUGGCGCAAAUCUGCGCGAGAUUUACGUCGAUGAAGCAAGCUGAAAUCGGUGGCUACGACGGUUGCAUAGCGAUCGAGCCGGUUCUAUUGGACAGGGAGCUAGCCACAUAUCAUAUGGGAUGCUUCAAUUUUUAUCACGGUGUUCGGCAGAUAGAAAUGCCCGCCAUCACGGAGACGACGGAAUCCGUACCCGACACUACAGACGAUGAGGACGACGGCUUGAAUACCGAUGAGCUAAUCGCCGCAGUGUCGGCCAGCGCCGAGCAUGGUAUCGCGCUGUUUACUCAAUGGCUGGGUCUCAAUCUCAAUCCGAAACUGAAUCUGACGAACAAGGAGAAUGGACUCUCGCAACAAGGUCAUCAACAACGAGCCGAUUCUUCGAGAUCGGCCCGUAAUAUGGUGGACAUUCAGAACGAGAAGAGCGACGAACGGUUCAAACAGCUGUUGAGUGCCCAGGAUAACAUUCUGAAGGGCUCGGCUACCAUCGGACAGUCCAACGGUAUGGAGACCACCUUCGUCUAUUCCAAACCGACCGACUUGUUGACCGAAAGAAACGCGACCGAGGAGGCCAAGAGGAAACUCGAAGCGGAGGUUGUUGCACCGCAGCAUCGGGUCGUGGUACCGAAGGAGUCGAGGAGAGGAGGAAGGGCGUACAAUAUUCAUCAGCACGUCAAUGAAAUCUGACGUGUUGAACUCGGUCGUCGCGGGAAACUAAUCGCCCAUGACGCCUUCUUUAGAGCUUUAGGAUGCCGCACAUAGAUUAUACUUGUACGUACUUGCACGCGGAGCUGGGCUGACGAGGAGAAGAUCAUCGCUGUUGCUCGUCAAAGGCUACAGGUAGCCACCGAUAAUUCAAUCUUCAGGAUUAUGAUCGUGAUAAUAUUUUGUAACUCUAAUAUAAUAGCGGUAGAAUGUUAAUCUGCGGAAAUAUAGAAAGGAUUGUAAUCAGAAACAAUUAAACUGAUAAAAGCAUCUAUAGACCUCUUGAAAGAAUAAUAUCGUUAUUUGAUUGAUAUUUAUAAUUGAUAUUUAUGAUUGAUAAAAGUAAAGAAAUAAAAUUCCGUUCUUUUUAUCAUCAGACUACACGUAAGAUUAUUAUUAUUGAUGGGAAAAUAAUUCACCAACUUUAAGUUAUGCAAUUGUUUUGCGAUUCUUUUUCACUUUGAUGCGUAGUUUGUUUUUGCAAUAUUAUUUUAUCCCAUAUGUACUAAUCUUUUUCUUCAACUAUGAACUAAUACAUUGAUGAGCGUUACUCCGAUAUAUCGCACAUGCGUUUUGAUUUCACAAAAACUACUUUUAUUUAUAUUUGCCCAGCUUCGUCAGUAUGAUCUCCCGUGUUUGUGAUCACGUUUGUUCCCGAUUUCACUUGAAAAUCGUCCUUGCUCUCGGGACGAUAUCAACCUUCGAUAAUUAUACACAAAUUCUCGAUUAAACAUAUGUUCAAUCCGGUUUUAGUAAAAAAUAGCUGACCAGAAUUGCGUUAACUUGCGAUUUAUUUAUCUUAAAACUAGAGAGGAAUAAUAAAAAUCACACGACGACAUUUAGAAUUUCAAUAAAAGUGUCGUUCAAUAAAUAUAAGCAACACAAGUGUUUGUAUGCAUUAUAUUAUUUAUUUCUUCGUUUUUUUUCGCGCAUACCAAGAGUAUGGAAAUUUUUGUGCCGCCAGUGUACAUACAUGCAAAAAUUAUAAUUGCACUUGUACUCAUUUGCUGCAGACCGUACAAGUCGUUUAUAUUCAAAAACGAUAUAUACAGAGACUUCAGAGAAAAAAGAAUAAUUACAUGUGCGUGUGCCAACGCAAUCGAUUGCAUCACGAUAUAAUCUCACUCUCCCGUUAUUUCGCAUGUAGCGUUUUCUAAUUAAUACUAUAAAAUAUACAGAACGUGAGAUAAGAAGCUAAUGUGGUUCCUUCAUUAUAUUUCGAAAGCGUACGUAAUUUUUAUGUCCGAAUUCUCUUUCAAUUCGAUACUAGAGUAAAUUAUAUAUUUUCGCACACUAUUUAUGUAGUUUAAGUGUUGAAUAAAAUUGAUUGACGAGGAAUUUCCUUGUUUAUUUAAUCCUUUUUCGCAAAAUUAUUUUUAACACCAUAAAUAAACAAUAAUGUGUAUAUCUUUAUUUUUAAAAUAAACAUAGGAAUAAAAGACGCUUGAGAACUUGUUUCUUCGAAAAGUAUUUUUCAUAAUAAA